GUAACACAAGUACAUUUUGUUAGCACAAAAAGCAAAAAAGGACCUUUCAUUUAUUUCAACAAUCCCACACACUUAUUAUUGCCUCGAGACUAUCUGAAAGAUGAGCUGGUGGUGGGCCGGAGCCAUUGGCGCCGCCAGGAAAAGGAUCGAGGAAGAUGACGCGCCACCCAAGCACGAGAGCGUAGCUCUAGUCGUCGGAGUCACCGGUAUUGUCGGCAACAGCCUAGCCGAGAUCCUCCCUCUCGCUGACACGCCCGGCGGCCCAUGGAAGGUCUACGGCGUCGGCCGCCGUCCCAGGCCGUCCUGGAACUCCGAUCACCCGAUCGAAUACGUCCAGUGCGAUGUUUCCGAUCCGGACGACGCCGAUUCCAAGCUCUCCGAUCUCACCGACAUCACGCACGUCUUCUACGUGACGUGGACGAACCGAUCCACGGAGCUGGAGAACUGCGAAGCCAACGGGAGAAUGCUGAGGAACGUCCUGAACGCCGUGAUCCCCAAUUGCCCUAAUUUGACCCACAUCUGCUUGCAGACGGGCCGGAAACACUACUUGGGGCCGUUCGAAUCGUACCUGAGACUGGCCCACGACCCGCCCUACGACGAGGAUUUGCCCCGAUUGGAUUCCCCCAAUUUCUACUACACCCUAGAGGACAUUCUCUUCGAAGAGGUGAAGAAGAAGAAGAAGAAGAACGGAUUGACCUGGUCCGUUCAUCGCCCUGGGACGAUCCAUGGCUUCUCCCCCUACAGCAUGAUGAACAUUGUUGGAACCCUCUGCGUCUACGCGGCCAUAUGCAAGCACGAGGGAGUCCCCCUGAGAUUCCCCGGCGCGAAAGCCGCGUGGGAAGAGUAUUCGGAUUGCUCCGACGCGGACUUGAUUGCAGAGCAGGAGAUAUGGGCAGCCGUGGACCCAUACGCGAAGAACGAAGCUUUCAAUGUGAGCAAUGGGGAUGUGUUCAAGUGGAAGCAUUUCUGGAAGGUCUUAGCGGAGCAGUUUGAGGUGGAAGCAGGGGAGUUCGAGGAGGGGAAGAGCUUUGCUCUGCAGGAGGAGAUGGAGGGGAAAGGCGGUGUUUGGGAUGAGAUUGUGAAGAAACAUGAUUUGGUUCCCACAAAAUUGGAAGAGGUUGGGGUGUGGUGGUUUGUGGAUCUCAUCUUGGGUGGAGGGUGUCCCCUGGAUACUAUGAACAAGAGCAAAGAACAUGGGUUCUUGGGGUUUAGGAACUCCAAGAAGGCCUUUGUUUCUUGGAUUGAUAAGGUGAAGGCUCACAAGAUUGUCCCUUGACUCUAUGUUUGGUCGUGGUUUUACUUGUUCUGUCAAGUUUGUGUCUGCCAUAUUUGUGUCAAGAACAAAAGAAUAUAAAUGCGCAAUCUUUGUAAUGAUGUUUUUGUGAUUAUAUGGAAAAUAAGACUGGAGACAUUUUCUUCAAGAAAAAACUAGAUUCUGCUCGUGAGUCGUGAUUUAUUACAAGAUAAUAUCUGUUUAAUUAGAAAGUAUGUAGUACGUAGAUAGGGGAGUAUUUGGAUCUGUUUACAAUGGGAGUGAUGGAGUGAGUAUUUAUUCUACGCUCCUGAUUAUUGUUAUAAC